GGAAUAAAUGAACGUAUAUUUAAGUUAAAGUCGAAUUGAAAAUCUGAUAAAUCAGAGAAAUCUGCUAGGUGUCGACAGCUGCACUGAAAUCAGAGACAAAAUUCGGCCAUCGUAACACCAUUUUAUCGCCCACUCGAUUACGGAUUACGAGUGCAGUAGAAACAAGAAAAAGUAGAAUUCGAGUCGGGAUAUUCGAGGGCAGAACGGAGGUAUCUAGUUUUUUGAUCUAGGAGUGACGAAUCCCUCGAUCGAAAAUGUCGACUCCAUUGGGUGAUGGGACGGCGGCCAAUCAGUCCGACACAGGAGGUGUGAAGGGCUUUACGAUCACUGGACGUAUGACCUCCGAGAGAGAGCGUGUUCUGGGUAUGAGUCCUGAGGAACGUGCCUGGCGUGCCCAGUGGCUCAAGGAUCAAGUUCUAGCCCCAGACGAGCCCAAGGAAAAUCCCGAGUACUACAGGCAGAGGUACAACAUUCUGAGAAGAUUCUACCGUGCACCACUGAAAGCCUUUGAGGACGCUCUCCGUCCCAAACUUGGCGCUGAAUUCGCUUACGUAAUUCGUCAUCUCAUAAGCUCAGCUGCAUUUAGCAUGAUCGGAGUUUGGAGUAUCAUGUAUUACUUCAAGUACAAUCAGAGUGACUGGACGAAGAAAUCAGGAUGGAAAGUCGGAAUGUCGAGGAAAAAGCUGUUCCCGAAUGAUCCAGAGUGGCCCAAUUUUGAAACCAAGCAAGAUCACGAGUAUGCUUCCUAUGGUUUUACAAAGUCAAACAUAUAAUUGUAUUUAUUUGGAGGAAGAAUGUAUUCAAAAUGAGAGGAUGCUUGUUCUCCUUUGCUACUUUGUGAAUACUAGUGUAUUUAGGCUUAUGUGAAUAAAAUGGAACGUUUAAAGGAA